AUGCCAGCUGUUGCCACGGCCACGGGUGACAAAGGGCUUUCUGAAGGCAGGCAGUUGGCGCUUGCUGCCGCGCAGCCUUUUGCUUUCAGCGCCUCAGCCUAUAUUCGUCCUUGCCGCAGUACAACAGCGGUGACGGCACAGGACGGACUGCACUGCGAAGAUGGACGCCAGUCCAGCUUUCAGUGUCCAUACCUCAAAACAAUUUUGAACUCCGCAGGCAGUCGCUUGAAGAUCCGAAGUGACAUCGUCUCGCAGGCUGCAUGGGGACAUGCUCGUCGCGCCGCCGAAGUUGCAAGUGAGAUAACGCUGAAGGGCUUCUUCAAGUCACAGCCUCCCGACUUCAAGUGGUUCCGUGGAGAGCAGAUGCCGUGCCUCGAGCUCAUGAGCAAGACCGUCGAGGAGUACCGCGAGAAGGAGCUGACACAGGAACGCAAAGAGGAGCUCGAGAAGACGAUCGACAAGUUGUCGGAGGACAGCAAUAUCCGCCAAGAGCUAACACGUCUUGACCUCGAGCGUGUCGAAGACGGGUACUACCUGGCCCUCAACUUCGGCACUCUGCUUUCCACCCACGGGUUCGACCAACGCUUUCAAGCCUUCGCCCGGAGCUGCGCAGAUGAGAUCAAGGAGUGGAGCGGGGGAUCGGGUGAUCCUUCCGCCUCUCUAUCAAUCGAGCACAACUGUUGCCCUGCCUUGGGAAAGCACUACGACCCCAGGUCAAUCCAGUCAAUCCGGCUUUACACCCACCAUGGCAUUCCGAAAGAGAAGCGCUCUGUCCUCGAAGCGUUCGUCACGAUGCACCUUCAGCAGGAGUCUGCGAUGAUCCCAUUCCUGGGGGAGGUGGCUUCCCACCAGAGCGCACUUUUGCGGAAGGUGGCCGCAAUGGGGAUGUGUGCGCCGAGAGGGUUGCGCCCCCCAUGGGCAUUGUGUCCUCUUGCCGCAAGGAUUGUUUGGUCCGCCACCGACGUGCAAAGAGUUCUGGGAGUCUUGAAUACGAACCUGGAGAAUGUACUCAAGAUCUUGCACACGUCGAUGCCCCACAUUAAGUCUGAGGACUGGCCAUGCGUGGCCAAGACCUUGCAGGGCGCGACGGGUUCCCAGAACAGCUUUGUCCCGGUCACGGACGCUGUCCUGGUGGGCACGGAGCCCAAAGACGAGGGCUUCCAGCGAGACGCAGCUCAGUUACCAGAACGCUGGACAAACGACCAGGCACUUCGCCUCGGGCUUGUGCUUGAGGGCGUGGCGCAGUUGCGCGUCCAGAUUCUGGUGUUGCUCCAGGUGGAUGAUGCUAUUCGGGCCCGGUUCAAGGCAUGUAUGCUCUGUUGGAUGCUGUGGCGCGCUGCGCACAUCCGCUGGGUCGUGCCGAUCACGAGCCAGCUUCGGCGGCAUCUGGAAGGGCCCAAGGAUGAGGACUUGAAGGAGAGGCUGGAAUCCCGCCAGUGGGAAGCCCUCGAGGCACUGCAGGCGGUCGACCACAAACCGAGGGACGAGCGGCGAGUGGUGGUGAAAGUGGACGAUGUGCGUGUCGAUCUGACGGAAUACGCCAAGAAGAACACGCACCCCGCAGGACAGGCAAUCAUGCGUGCCUUCAUCGAUGAGGAUGUCUCCAAUGUGCUGCUGCAGUUUCAUUCGAAGAAGAUCAAGGAUCGUGUCAAGUGGAAGUACCGCAUUAAGAGCAAGGACUGA